AUGUCUAGUCGCUUCGUGUCUGGCGGGACGAUUGCUGCUGGCGAAACCGAAGCCAGCAGCAGCAGCCACCCCUCGGCGCCGGCCCCCGUGCCCGACGUGGGCAGCAAAUCAGCCGAGUGGGAAAAGGUACAGCAACACCUCGAGGCGGAGCGGCGACAGCGGCAAGAGGCGCGCGCCCAGGCCGCCGCCUCUUCCGGCGAGGGCGAGCGCAGCCUGUACGACGUGCUGCAGGCCAACAAGGCAGCGCGGGAAGCGGCGACGGCGGAAGCGGCCAAGUUGACGAACCAGUUCCGGGCGCUCGACGACGACGAGGUGGCGUUUCUGGACGAGGUGGCGACGCGGCGGCGGCAGGCGGAAGAGAGCGUGCGGCGGGAGACGGAGGACCAGCUAGAGGCGUUUCGAAAGGCGGCGAGGAAGGGACUGGAGGGAGGUGGGGAGGUGAAGGCAGAAGAUGAGCAAGAGGAGGGGUGGGUGACGAGAAAGAGGAAGAGGAAGACGGAGAAGGACGGUGGUGGUGGUGUGUUGGUGAGGAGAAAGGUGAGUGUGGGCGAGGAGGUGAAGAAGGAGAGGGAUAAACAGGAGGAGAAGGAAAAGGAGAAACAUGAAAAGGUAGAGAAGAUUGGAGAGAAGGGAAGCUCGAAAACGACGGCGCUGGCAUUGGCCGAUUACGGCUCGGAUAGCGACGAAUGA